AAAUCCCCGAGACUGCCUCCGGGACUGAGAGGUCAAGGGAAGUCCUUGACACGUUAACUAGAUUGCACCUGCUCAGCGUCUCCUCCUCUGGCCAAGGUCCAUGGCUACUGAGACUAACCGCAAGGACCGAGAGUCCAAGAUUGCUCCAGUGCAGGUUAUCCCGCUGCAGCAGGUCUAUCCGACGCAGAAGGUCUACCCGCUGCAGGCAGUCGUCCUGGUGCCCCUGAAUCCCCCGGAGAAUGAUUAUUUGUUUCUCUCCAUUGCUUCCUUCUUCUUCUUCAUUCUGCUGGCAAUCCCAGCCCUCUUGUUCUCCUUCAAGACCCGUGAAGCCAACAUCCUUGGGGACCAGAGGAAAGCCCAGAGGAAUUCCAGACUGGCCUUGGGCUUCAGCCUCUCAAGCAUCCUGGUGGGUUCCACUCUCAUUAUUUCCUCCAUUGUUGUCAGAGUCAUGAAACAGCGAGAAUGAGAUCAUCCUGAGAGCUCAGCUCCCUCAGAAAGUUAUGAACUGUACCUCAUGGGUCCUCUUGGAGCCUUUGAACUUGAACAUCAGUAACCUACCUAUACUGGGGGGAAGUUCCCCACCAUUGGAUUUUUGAGAGCAAUAAAGUUUAUGAGGAA